GCCUUUCACGGGACAGGAUCGGGACACGGUCUCAGGACAAGUGCGCAGCCAUGGCCACGACGCUUUGCUCGCUACUAGUGCGCAAGCUCUUCACGGGCCGGCUGAUGUUCUGGGUGCAGCAGCAGCGCUACAUGUACAGCGUGCGGCGUGCUCUGGGGCGCUACAAGUUGGAGCGGGCCAACUCGUGGCGGCGCCGGUGCGGCCUGCAGCCCGUGUACCCGCCGCUGUACCGGCUGCAGCGUUUCGUCAGCCGGGUGCUGUGCGCCUCGUUCUGCGCCUGCUGCCACAAAGGACGCUUGGACAGGGCCGACUUUCAGGGGGGAGGACGCCUGCUGAAGUCCUUGCAGCCGAACACGUUCGAGAACAGAGUGCUCAAGAGCUUCCUGGGCUUCUGCGCCGGCGCGCUGCUGACUGUGCUUCUCAACCUGGUCCUCGUGCGAAUAUACCAAACCACCAGUUUCCUCCUCUUUCUCGCCGUGUUCGCUUGCGGAACGUUCCUGAUGCUCGGCGCUGCCUUCUCCGACAACGUCCGCUGCCUCAUUCUACUCACUCUGCCUCAACUCUUCUCCAGAGAAGGCCGACUGGCGCUGAUGGCGUACAUCUACUUCCUGGUGCUAACGGGCCCCGCGGAGAACUUUGCGGCCAACGUGGAGGUACUGUCGCGAGGCCUCAGCUGCGGCCAGGAGAAAGUGGCCAACGAGACGCGACGAAUGCUCGAAGUGGCUACUUCGCCGCUCAAGGCUGUGUACGACCGGGUUAAAAAGGUCAUAAAGCUGCUUCUGGACUUCGGAUCUCUCAUGAAAAAGGCAUUCCUGUCAAUCAAGAAUCUCUUCACCGAAAUCUUCGCAGCCAUCCGCCGUGCCAUCCGGUGGCUGUACAACCUGGUAAACGUGUGCAACCGUCGCAUGGGCGAACCUUACGAAAAGUGCCGCAAGCCGCUGGUGGACGCGUACGCCGACUGCUUGGAAAUGAUGCCCGACCUUCUCGAGUGGAUCUGCUCGCCUGUCAAAGCGGUCGAGCAGCUCUGUCACGUCGCGAAAGCUGUGUACGACCGGGUUAAAAAGGUCAUAAAGCUGCUUCUGGACUUCGGAUCUCUCAUGAAAAAGGCAUUCCUGUCAAUCAAGAAUCUCUUCACCGAAAUCUUUCAUCAUGGUUCGUGA